AUGGCACCAGACAUCGAGACUAUAGUGCUUCCUUCCAUACCGCACAAACGACUCUUGCUUUCCAAGACCACGAGUCCGCCUUUCAAUUAUGAUCCUCUUCGAGAUCCUGCGCUGAGGGAGUGGUUUGGAAGGAAGGGAAUCAAGAAGAUGGGUCUGCAGAACGGAUGGUUGAUACCACAGCCAAGCUGCACAAUCUGCGACACCAAAAUUUUACCGCCGCUUCCACAUCCAUGUCAAGAAUGCCUUCGACGUUACCAUCCAACCUGUCUUCCUCUGCGCCCUCUCACAAGCAAAAUACGCAAAACACUCAUCCUAACCGUACUAGCACAUGCUACGCUCUCCGUCCUUGUAAACCAUUUACGAUCCAAUGCGUUUGAGGUAGAUAUAUACAAUCCUCACGAAAUUCAUAUCACAUUGGAAGGGCUACAGCAAUACAGUGCGAUCCUAAUAAUACCGUAUCCCGGACCUCCACCACCCAGUACGCUGACUCCCCUCCUUAACGUGUACCUCGAGAGCACCAAUGGAGGGAUCGUCACUACGUUGCAUCCGCAUACACACAGCAUCCUAUCCCCCAAAGUUGCACCGUUUGUUCCAGGCCGAAUCAAGCACGAGCCAUUCCUGUCGGUCGAUAAAGAGGAUAUGCAUCCAUUGCUGGAAGGAGUGGAAGAGGUUGGCGGGGCGGAAUGGGCAACAUAUGCAGUGGGCGUAGCAAAGGGGCGAGUCGUCAUGCGUUGGGCGAAUUCUGUGCCGCUUGUGACCGUGCUGGACAAUACACUCAAAGGAAGGGUUGUAUGGGUGAAUGUAAUGCCUGUGGACAAGUUGAGGAAAGGGGGCCAGUGGGUUGACUUCUGGGAUGCCAAAACAGCGACGACGCCAAGGUUAAUAGCCAAUGCCCUCCGCUUUGCGUCGGAUCCUCCAUACGAAGAAUGUGAAAAGGGAUUUGUUUGUCCUGACUGCAAAACGCAAGUCAAGAAACGGGCCGACACAUCCACAUCACUACCAUCGCCGCCGAAAAAGAAGGCUAGCGCAACACAGAAAACAUUGCAUAAUCGGAGCGUAUCAUCCCAUCUGCCUAGUCAGCCGCAUACAACGCAUUCAUGUGCAUUCCGGUCCACGCAGGUGGUACGCAAAUACAAAGCCAAGAGCAAGGAGGAAAGCACCGUAUUGCCGCCGAUUGACACCAAGAGCGGUACUGAACAGAAACGGGCUAGACCUGAAGGUGCUGGAAAGGCGAAGCGUCAACCAAUUUUCUCUCAAACUACCAACGAAGCUCCACCAGACACAUUCGCAGAUCUAAUAGAUAAAGAGGACGACGUUGCAAUUCCAGAGGGGGACGUAAGUGAAGGAGGAACCGUUGCAGCCGAACCUAGGAAUCAAGAAAAUGGAAAUGAUGGAACUGGUACAGAAGGAUUCACCAACGGGAUACUAGGUGAUUAG